CUUUGCUUUCAGUCUGCUGCACCCCUGACUUACGAGUUCUCACGACAGCGCUGGGAUCCUCGCCCCGACGACGCACCUUUGACCGCAACUUGAGGCCCUGCUGAUCGUUUAACACACACGGCCAGCAGGGCCGAUAGGAGACGGCCUAUAGGGCCUCGUUGUGAGCCGAGCCGGCUCAUCUCGCGCGCCCGCCGGGCUUUUAUAGUAACAGACAGCUGCCAUGAGGAUUAUGAUCAAGGGCGGUGUUUGGAAAAACACCGAGGAUGAAAUCCUCAAGGCGGCAGUGAUGAAGUAUGGGCUCAACCAGUGGGCCCGUAUUUCGUCGCUGCUGGUGCGGAAGUCUGCCAAGCAGUGCAAAGCACGCUGGUACGAGUGGCUGGACCCGGCCAUCAAGAAGACGGAGUGGACGCGCGAGGAGGAUGAGAAGCUGCUGCAUCUGGCAAAGCUGAUGCCGUGCCAGUGGCGCACCAUCGCGCCCAUCGUGGGCCGCACGCCCGCGCAGUGCCUGGACCGAUACGAGCGUCUGCUGGACCAGGCCGUCGCCAAGGACGUCAACUACGAUCCGCGUGAUGACCCGCGGCGGCUGCGGCCGGGUGAGAUUGACCCCAACCCCGAGGCCAAGCCCGCGCGCCCCGACGCGGUGGACAUGGACGAGGACGAGAAGGAGAUGCUCAGCGAGGCACGCGCGCGUCUGGCCAACACACGUGGUAAGAAGGCCAAGCGCAAGGCUCGUGAAAAGCAGCUGGAGGAGGCGCGGCGCUUGGCGCAGCUGCAGAAAAAGCGCGAGCUGAAGGCGGCGGGCAUUGACGUGCGCGCCCGGAACAAGAACUCGCGCGCCGUGGACUACAGCAGCGAGGUCGCCUUCGAGCUCAAGCCGCAGGCCGGCUUUUACUCGACUGCGGAUGAGGAGAAGACCACUCGCUCCAUGCAGCAAGAGUUCCGCCCUGUGACGGUGGAAGAGCUGGAGGGGCGGCGGCGGAAGGACAUUGAGGAGGCGCUGAUCAAGAAGGACGUCAAGCGACAGAAGAUCAACGAGAUGCAUGACGCGCCGAAUGCCGUGGCCAAGCACAUGGGGCUGGACCAGGAGGGGCCGCGCCGCCGCGGCAAGCUCAUGCUGCCCGCGCCGCAGGUGAGCGAGGCGGAGCUGGAGCAGAUCGCCCGCCUGGGCGUGGACGGAGCUCUGGAGGCCAGUGUGUCGGAGGGCGCAGGCGGCGACGCCACGCGCACGCUGCUGGGUCAGUACAACCAGACGCCGGCGGCGCGGCUGGGCAUGGGGCCGGGCGCCACGCCCAUGCGCACGCCGCGCGCGGGCCCUGGUGGCAGCGACCGUAUCAUGGCCGAGGCGGCGGCAUUGGCCAGGCUGCAGGGCAUGGGCACGGUGCUGGAGGGUGGAGAGGCGGGUGUGGACGUGGCGGCUAUGGACUUUGCUGGUGUGACGCCGCGCAACGUGGUUGCCGCCACGCCCAACCCACUCGCCGGAAUGACGCCCUCUGUGCGCGGCGCUGGCGGCGCCACCGGCGCGCGUGUCGUGCCUUCCAUCGCUGGCGUCUCCGCCACGCCCUCCGUCGCUGGCACGCCACUGCGGGCGGGUAGCGGUGGUGUGGGCCCCGGCGCCACGCCGCUCAUUCGCGACGCGCUGGGCCUCAAUGAGGCGGACGCGCUGACGAUGGAGGCAGCGAUGAGCAAGCGCGCGGCGGCGGCGCGGGCAGCGGUGAUGCGCGGCGAGCUGCGGGAGCGGCUGGCGGGGCUUCCGACGCCGCAGAAUGAGUACGCGUUCGAGGUGCCUGAGCUGCCUGAGGCGGAGGAGGAGGCGGAGGACGCCAUGGAGGAGGACCUGGCGGACGUGCGGGCGCGCAAAGCACGGGAGGAGGCAGAGCGCCGCCGCAUUGAGGAGCUCAAGAAGAGCAAGGCUCUGCAGCGGCAGCUGCCCCGCCCGCUCAACCUGGACUCGCUGCCGGCCCCCAAGCCGGCGGCGCCCAGCACUGCGGGCGCUAGCGCGGAGCAGCUGCGGGACCGGGCUGAGGAGCUGGUGGCGGCUGAGAUGCGCGGACUGCUGCAGCACGACGCUGCCAAGUACCCAGUCAAGGAUGGCCGGGACGCCCGCAAGAAGGGCAAGCAGCAGCAUGCGGCUCCGGGCCCGGUGCCGGUGCUGGAGGAGUUUGAGCUGGAGGCGUUGCAGUCGGCGGCUGAGCUGGUGGACAGGGAGGUGGCUUACCUUCGCAGCGCCUGGGACCAUGCCAAGCUGAGCCCGGACGACUACAGCGAGGUGUGGAUGAGCGUGCACCGCGACCUCAUCUACCUGCCAUCGCGCCAGCGCUACGAGCGCGCCGCCAGCGCCACCAACGUGGACCGCAUCGACUCGCUAAAGUCGGAGUUCGACAACGUGCGCGCCGACAUGGAGCGCGAGGCCAAGAAGGCGGCUAAGCUGGAGGGCAAGCUGGGCCUGCUGCUUGGUGGCCUGCAGCGGCGCCAUGGCGAUCUGACAGGCCGCGUGGGCGAGCUGUGGGCGCAGGUGCGCGACGCAGCUCAGGAGUUGGUGUGCUUCAAGGCGCUGCACGAGCGCGAGUUGCGCGCCGCGCCCGAGCGUCUGGAGGCGCUGGGCGAGCUGGUGGACGCUACCAAGCGGCGCGAGGUGGACCUGCAGGAGCGCUUCAAGGCGCUCACCAGGCGCCGGGACGAGCUGGCGGCGGCACUAGCGCAGAAGCGGGCGGCGGCGUCGUGAGGCACGGGCGCGUGAUAGCGGGCGGUGGGGUGUCGGGCGGUAUGGCGAGAGUGGGCAUUUUGGUUUGGUGGGCGUGCGCCAUAGAGCAGCCGGUUGCGGGUGCGUGUUAAGGAAUGCAGCUUGGAAGGCUGUUGUGGCAAUGUGGCCUGGUGUAUGCUCGCCUGAGUGCUGACGGCAAUGCGUUCGGCGGGGUACGGGCAGUUGGACUACUAGGACAUGCAAGGUGCGCCCUGUGCAUGCUGGAGUGUCCUGUAAAUGGCCGAGCGA